AUGAUCCAUUCGAGUGGAAGCCGCCUGUCCGCGUUCCAGUGCCGUGUGCCGGUAAUUAUUUCACCCUCCAGAUAUAAAUUAGGCGUCGCGGCGUAUAAUGGCGUGACGGCGGGCGUCGCUCGUGCCGUCGUUGGCGUCGUCGUCCGCCGCAUACCGCAGCGGCACGGCGUAGCGGCCCGCACCCCACCUUCCGCGCAACCUUUGUGUAAUCUGCUGGCUGCGUGUUGUGUACCUCCUUGGGCCACUGUGCGUCGAACGCAACGCUAGGCGUCGCCGCCCGUGUCAAAAGCACACACGAUUUAAGAUUAGGAAGCCCGGGCAGCAGCAGCGACGCCUGACGCCAACCGACUCCAACGCCGUUAACGACGACGUCGACGACGCUUGCCGCCCGACGCCCGCCUGUCAUGCCGCCGCCGCAGCACGCCGCCUCUCUCUCGCUUAUACUUUCACGCCCCACGCUUCGAUACCCAUUAUACACUGCACGAACCAGUUCAGUCUAAUCCUGACCUCUCGAAAAACAGCUUUAUUUAUGUUUAAUGUCGAUUUUAAAUUAAGUGUUUUCUGUGUGUUAUGAUGCGGUUGUUGAGGUAACACAAUUCUGCAUUAAACAAAAUAAAAAAAAAUAGACAAAAUUGUGUCAAGUAAAACAAAACUGUAACUUUUUGCAAGCGAUCACAUCAAAAGUUUUCGACGUGUUUUAAAACUCUAGUAUAUUUAGUGGAAAUGAUCGGAUUGUGUUUCCUAUUUUUGCCUUGCUAGUCUGAAUAUGAAUUUUGUACCAAAUUAGUAGAUAAGUAAAUUAGGAUUGCUUUUUAUAGAAAUGUGUUCUGAAACGCUGGAAAAAUUUAUAAGUACAUUAAGCCCUGGUAACUAACCUCAGUAGCAAGGAUGUGUCAUUGCUAAUCGAUCUUUUACCAGAAAUUUUAUCUCCACAAAGUGUGUUUAACUUUGCAACUUUUCUGACAAUUAAUGUAAUUAGCUCUUCAAAAUCAGAGGAAGAUAUUCUCAGAAAAAUAUGAAAUGAUGUCAAUCCAAUGUUAUCAUUCUGGAUAUCAUUCAUCACCUUCGUUUACUCAUCUAGAUAAAUGUGAUCGAAGUCAAUAU